AUGGACCUAGACCCAGAGGGCAUCUUCCGCGACGACAGCGAUGAAGACGAAGACACCGUCCAGCUGAAGCAAAUGACAGCGGCGGAAUUGAAAUCCUACCUGACCGCGCAUGACCUCCCUGUUUCUGGUAAGAAAGAGGUACUUGUCAGCAGGAUCUUGACUCAUCUGGGCAAGUGA